ACUGUAGACAGUACCAAACUCUAUAUAUAUUGUUUUUAUAUAUGUAAAAAAUAUACACAUGCUUAUGAUAAAGUUUAUACAAAUUAGGUACAGUAAGAGAUUAACAGUAUUAAAAUAUAACAAGUAUAAAGUAUAACACAAUACUAUAAUAAAAGUUAUGUGAACGUGGUCUCUCUCAAAAUAUCUUCGUAUUUUCAGACAGUGGUUGACUAUGGGCAACUGAAACCAUUGAAAGUGAAACCACAGAUAAGGGGGAACUACUAUACUUAUUUUCAGUUUUCCAUAUUUUCCCCAAAUAAUUUUAACUCAUCAAGGUUCACCAUUAUUUUAUACAAAUAUUUCUCCUGUAUCUUUCUUUUAUGUUAAUAUACUUGACACAGCCAUUAGCUUACAUUCCCACAGUACUUAGCACUUGGAGGAUACAGAGAAAGUAAAAAACACAUUACUGCCUUGAAGAAGUUGAGUUUAGUUGGCCAGUUGAAUUUUUAAUGCAAAUAUCCAGUAUAAAAUGCUGUUUUGACUGCCACAAAAUAAAAUAUUAUUUUAUAAAUGGAAAUGAAAAUAGAUUUUGCCAAGUGAAGUGGCGUGCACCUGUAGGGGCAGGAGGACCACUUGAGCCCAAGUUUGAGACCAGCCUGGGCAAGAGAAUGAGACCCCAUCUUAAAAAAAGAAAAAAAAACACAGAAAUAGGUUUCAAUAUUAUUUGACAUUUACUCCUUAAUGUUACUAAUUAUGGUUAUUUGACUUGGGAAUGGACAGAGAGAUUGAGGAGUUACACUUAUCCCUUAAUCUUUGCAAGCAUUUACAAGAUUCUUCAUCUUUUAGGGAAAGAUAGUGUUCAGUUGCUGCUAUCGAACUUAAAUUACACGUGUGGCUCAUGUGAUAUGUCUUUUGGCCUGUGAUGACAUGGAACAUGUGAAAAGAAAGAGGAAGAGGAGGGGAAACCUGAAUGGGGAACCACAGUAAGAUUUGGAUUCCUAGACUUGCCCAAGCACUUCUGUCUGCUGUAGCAGAUGUCAGACUUUACUCAUUAAUGAAGCAACUAGAAAAUCAGGAAGUGGCAAGAUGGGUGUUUUUUUGCCAGCUGUGCUCCUGGUUCACAUGGUAUUGCUGUACCAGAACCCUUACAAACACCAUGGAAACUGUUCUCACUAUAAUUGCUCUUUUCUACUACCCUUUGGAAGGUUCAAAGUCUAUGAACAGUGUCAAGUACUCAUCCCUGGUGGCACUUGCCUUCAUAAUUCGUCCCACAGCUGUCAUUCCGUGGACACCUUUGCUCUUCAGACAUUUUUGUCAAGAACCAAGAAAGCUUGAUCUUAUUCUACAUCAUUUUUUACCUGUAGGCUUUGUUACUUUGAGUUUGUCUCUGAUGAUUGAUCGUAUUUUUUUUGGCCAAUGGACUCUGGUUCAAUUUAAUUUUUUGAAAUUUAACGUGCUGCAGAACUUGGGAACAUUUUAUGGUUCCCAUCCAUGGCACUGGUACUUCAGUCAAGGAUUUCCAGUUAUCUUGGGUACUCACUUACCCUUCUUUAUUCAUGGCUGCUAUCUAGCACCAAAGAGAUACCGGAUACUUUUGGUGACUGUGCUGUGGACACUGCUUGUUUAUAGCAUGUUGAGCCACAAAGAAUUCAGGUUUCUGUAUCCAGUUUUACCAUUCUGUAUGGUGUUCUGUGGAUACUCAUUAACCCACCUGAAAACAUGGAAGAAACCAGCUCUAAGUUUCCUGUUUUUAUCAAAUUUGUUCCUCGCCCUUUAUACUGGUUUAGUUCAUCAACGAGGUACUCUUGAUGUCAUGAGUCAUAUUCAAAAAGUUUGUUACAACAAUCCCAGUAAAUCUUCAGCUUCAAUAUUUAUAAUGAUGCCUUGCCACUCUACUCCUUAUUACAGCCACGUUCACUGCCCGCUUCCCAUGAGAUUUCUCCAGUGCCCCCCAGACCUGACUGGAAAAAGUCAUUAUCUUGAUGAAGCAGAUGUAUUUUACCUAAAUCCCUUAAACUGGUUACAUAGAGAGUUUCAUGAUGAUGCAUCAUUGCCUACUCACUUGAUCACCUUCAGCAUUUUGGAAGAGGAAAUAAGCGCUUUCCUAAUUUCAAGCAAUUAUAACAGAACUGCUGUUUUCUUCCACACUCACUUGCCGGAGGGUCGAAUUGGAAGUCACGUAUAUGUCUAUGAACGGAAGUUAAAAGGGAAAUUCAGCACGAAGAUGAAAUUCUGAACUUUCCGAGAUAAAUUAACAUUGCUGAGUGGAAAUAUUCAGAUGCUGCUUAAAUACUUCAGUAAACACUGGUUAAGAUUCAUGGAACUUAGAAAAAAGCUGUAUGAACUGCUUUACCAAAUAUCACUACUGAGGAAAUGUAUAAAAUACCACAUAGUAUAAAAUUACAUGUUAAUACAAUGCCAGAUUUUAAAUAAAGACCUUUAGUUUUCCUCA